AUGUCACGACAUUCGUCGCAUAGAGCCACCGACCUGAUCCAAGUUCCACGCAUCGUGGUCAUCGGCGCCCAGUCCACCGGCAAAAGCUCUCUGGUGGAAGCUGUCACGGGGAUCAACGUCCCCAGAGACAGCGGCACGUGUACCAGGUGUCCUAUGGAAUGCACUAUCUUGGCGUCCAGCUCGACAUGGUCCUGUUCCAUUUCCCUACGCAUCAUCGGAGACACGCAUAAUGGAGCCCCUUCGAUAGUGGCUUUCAGCCCGAUCAUCACCGACCGGAAUCAAGUUGAGGUGUGGAUCAGGGCGGCUCAGGCAGCCGUCCUGUGCCCGCAUCUUCCGCGCGAGACUUUCAAGGGGAAGAGCCGGGAGGAGCUAAGGAUCCUCACCAACCCCGACCACGAUCCGAAGGUGCUGGCGUUCACCAAGAAUGUGGUCAUCAUCGAUAUUUGCGACCCGCGCGGCGCGGACCUCUCGUUCGUAGACCUCCCCGGCCUGAUUGAGAACGCGCCCGAUGCCUCACUUGUGCCGUUGGUCGAGGACAUGACGAAGACGUACAUAGAGCCUAUGUCGACGAUCAUCUUGGUCACCGUCCCCGCAGCAGACGAUCUUGACAACCCGAAGGCUCUUAUGCUCGCGAGGAAUGCCGACUCGGAGAAGAAUCGCACCAUAGGUGUCGUCACCAAACCCGACGGUCUCACAUCGGGGGACAUCGGAAAGCGCGAGACGUGGAAGGAACUCUUCGAUGGCAAGGAGUCGAAGCAUAGACUCGCAAAGGGAUACUAUUGCGUCCGUCUCCCGACUGACCAGGAGCGCCGAGGCAGCGGGUCUCGCGAGAAGGCAGAGCGAAUUGAGCGGGAAUUUUUCAACCAGAACGCGCCUUGGAAGGAUCUGAAGAGCAUCGGCAAGCAGCGCCUCGGCGUUCCCAACCUGGUGCACGACAUCAGCGAGCUGCUCAUGGGUGUGAUCCAAGAAGCGCUCCCCGCCAUGCGCAUCGCCGCCGCGGAACAGCUCGCGGCGUGUCGCGCGGACCUAGACGCGCUGCCGCAGAUGCUCACGUCGGACGCCACCGCCGAGGUCAUCCGAUGCGUGGUCGAGUUCUGCGAGACCAUGCGCGCUGCCAUCCACGGCGAGGGCAAGGACAAGUCGUUCGUGCACGAGUGCCGGCGCCGCUUCCGCAUGUUCGAGCGCACGCUCCGGUCCACUGCGCCCGACUUCAGGCCGGGGCGGAACGAGGACCCGGUUCCGGACCCGGCCGAGUUCGCGGUAUACCGCCCUGUGGCGGACCGCGACCAGUUCGGGGAACCGCCGAAAGACUUCAGAUCGUAUCCCACUGGGCCUAUCACGCUUGCGGAUGUGACGCAGGUCAUCAGGGACGCGACGGGCUGGGAGCUUCCGCACAACAUCCCCUACGAAGCGAAGAAACGUCUGAUUAACCGCUUCUUUAAGAACUGGCCAGAUGCGGAAUGCGAGUGCUUCGAUAGCGUCGCCUCAGCCCUGCGCUCAGAGGUACAGGACGAAGCGGAGGAACACUUUGGGAGGUUUCCCGCUCUCAAGAAGUUCAUGAGGUCGAAGCUGGACACCCAGCUGGAUGCCUACGUAUCCACGGCCGGUCCUAUCGUCCAAAACACGUUGAAGUCGGAGAGCGACCCCUACGGAACGCAGAAUCUCCGUGAUCUGAACCUGAUGCGCGAUCUUUGGCGUGUUCAGUACAAGAACGCCGCGGCGCACAAGACGCAUCUCUCAUAUCUCGAUCGUCACGGUACGAACAAGACCGCUGAUCACAAACAAACAAUAACAGGUUACGAAAACGAGGCCUUGCGUGCCCUGGCGUCUCUCGGUAUAUCCAGGGUGAUAGCGAGCGAUCUGUACCGCUUGCAGCCCUUGGAAGACAUUAGUGACGAGAUCACCGUCAUGGCGGACGUGCGCAGCUACUUCCAGGUCACUUACAAGCGCGUCGCCGACGUGAUCCCGGAGGCUAUCAAGCUCAACCUAUUGUUCCGCUUCGUAGACAGCCUGCAAGCACAUCUCAUCGGCUCACUCGGGCUUGGCUCUCAAGAUGCGGGGCAGCGCAUGGAGGCGCUGCUGACCGAGGACCCGCUGGUCGCGCGCGAGCGGAAGAGGCUCCAGGACAGGCUGGCUCAGCUCACAGAGAUCAACCGGCACUUGGCCAACUUCACGUUCUAG